AAGUGGUGGCCGGAGCAGUUUCGUUUCCGCUCCGCAGGCUGCAGCGCCAAGCGGCGACCGAGACCCAUUCGCAUUCGCAUCCGCACCGGGUUUUAUACCCGCACAGCCACACUGCCGUUUUCUCCCCCCUUCCUCUCCGUCGCCUUCCAUUCCCUUCCUCCCAAUCUCACCCCUCGCCGGCCGAGCCCCAACCCUAACGGAACACACACCUGCUUGCGGCGGCGGCGGCGCCGGGGAGCGGUCUUACGCGUCGGGCGUCGCGGCGGCCCAGCGGUGUCAGAUCCGGGCCCCGCGCCGUUAGGUUGCGUGAUUCGAGCUAAGCAGUGUUGGGUUGUAACAUUUGUAUCACAUGAGCAUCUCAGUGUUAAAACUGUGAGCAUAUUAAUUCCCCUUCUUUAAGCAAUAUGGGAGCUAAUUGCUGCGUUGCUGCAAAGGAGAGGACACAGCCAUGCAUCACUCCAAUAGAAGUAUCAGCGUACAGGAAUGUGAGGCACUCGCCAUCAUGGAGCUUUCGAUGGGACAAUCGCACACAUAUAGAAGACAUAAUGGAUAUCCCUACUCUGUUCUCCAACCAUAGUAGUGGAAGCAUUCGGCCUGAUACAAAGAGUGGUUCAAUUGCCCCAACUGAAGGAUUUUCUAAUGGAAAUAGCCGUGGAACUAGCCCUUCCAAUGUGUUUCACGGAGCAAAGUGGCACAAAUCUGAUAAAAAAACAGAAGCACCGAAGGUUACAAAGGUUGAUCCUCGAGCUGACCGCACCACAGCAAGUAACUGUUCUCCUGAGGCAAAGCUUUCCAGGAAAUCACUGGACAUGUCAAGUGUUGCUUCAGAUUUGAAGACAUCAGUAUCUGUUCCUUCAACGCCACCCUUAGUAUCCAGAGCAGAUCCAUCAUCCUCCAGGGGGCAUUCUCAACCUACAGAUUCAGAUUCGACGAAGAAAGCACGGCGAUCACCAGGGUAUCAAUUAUACAGACAGGUUUCGGACAGUAAAAUUCCAUCUCUCAGAUCUCUCAAUGAGAUAAGCUCUCCUGAAGGAAGGCCUUCCUCUUCCAUGUUAUCAGUCUGCAGCAAUGACUUAUCAGCAGCAGGAUCCUAUGGUGAGUCAUCAGAUGGCUGGUCAAUGCGCACAUUUUCUGAAAUGGUCGCAACAUCCCAAAGAGAGAGGUGGUCACUUGACAGUGAGCUCUUGGGAUCCAUUUCUAGUAAAAUGACAAGAUCAAGUGCUUCGAAUUCUACUACACUUCCCCCUGACCAAGAGGUGUGCAAGCUGUGUUUAAAGAUGUUAAAAGAGAGAUCGACAUGGAACGCUCAGGAGCUGGCUGUUGUUGCUGUUUUGUUGUGUGGACAUGUGUACCAUGCUGACUGUCUGGACAGCAUAACUACAGAAGCUGACAAAUAUGAUCCUCCCUGCCCUGUAUGUACCCAUGGUGAGAAAUGUACAGUGAAGCUAUUUGGAAAGCUCGAAUCAAAGAUUAAGAACAAGAUACCAAAAAAUGUUGCAGUUGAUAUGAAUCCAGAUGGGAACGGUAAUAAGCACCAGAAGAAAGGUAGAAGAGAGCCCAGGUUAGGUACAAGUUCAAGCAUGAAGGUCCCAUUUAGUCGUCCAUUUUUGAGGAGACAUUUCUCCAUUGGAUCUCGACCACCUCGGUCAGUCUCAGAAACUGAUUCGACAAGAAAGAAGGGAUUCUGGGCAAGACACUGGAGAGAGUAGAAUAGCUUGCAAUUAUCAUUAGGUGGGCUGGUCUCCAUUAUUAUGUUUUGGAAGGAUUUUUAAGAGGAGGUGAACUCUUCGGCGUGCAAGCUAAUGGAGUUCAGACUGGCACAAGGGCUGCCGAGCAACCAACAUAUUUGGAAGUUUCUCCCAGCCAUCGUAUUCGGUUACUGGUGCAGAGCGCAUGGUAGCGCAGGUUCCAGUAAUCCAGGAUACUAGAAUAACAAGGUUUCUUAUACCAUGCGAGACAGGGUUGUUGUAGGCCCCAGUUGCAGCUUUAGUAAUAGUAGCAUUCUAACAGAAAGUGUGGCCUUCCUGGGUGUAAGGCCCAAUGCUGGGUUGCAAGAUUAUACAUAACCAGCAUGCUAGAUUAUUUAUUGUACUCGCAGCUUUUUUAUGAUUGAUUAAGGUACUUAUUGUUCGAUGGAAUGCGUUUUUGUUGAAGGCUA